UGCAAGUUCCACUUUCUAAAUGUCAAGUCAGAAAAGUUUCAAGUUUGUUCAAGUUCUCGAAAGCUUUUCGUUUUCCGCGAAUAUGAAAAAGUUUAUCUGCCUUUGUCCUUUCGAAGGGAAUAAUAUAAAUGUGACUUUCAGUGAUCGUGUUGCUUAGGUCGUUUGGUAAACAAUAAUACGGAUUCUAACUUGUGCGAAGUGCAUUUCGAAAGUUGACGAUGGUGCCCCAGCAGCAGAGGCGACGUCGACGUCGCGCCGCUCUGUCUCGGGUGCCCGAGCGACGUGUAGUGGUGGCGCGGGGCGCCGGGGGCUUCGGGUUCACGAUCGCCGGGCAGAGGCCGUGCGUAGUGUCGGCGGUGGCAGCGGGUGGGCCGGCGGAGUGCGCAGGGCUCCGCGCGGGGGACGCGCUGAUGGCAGUGGACGGCGCGAGCGUGGCGCGGGCGCCGCACGCGUCGGUGGCGCGGCUGGUGGCGUCGGCGCAGGGGCCCAUAGCCCUGAGUGUGGCGCCGCGGGAGCCGCCGCCCACGGACACCGAGGACACGGAACCCGAGGAGCGCGCGCGCACUCGCAGACGGUACCCGCCGCCGCGACGCCGGCUGCAGCAGGCGCUAGUGCAUCAUCCAGCGUGUCACGCCGCACCGAGCACCUCCGGAGUGAAUGAAAUCCUCCACAACUUAAGCCGGGCCCAGCUGACGCCGAACCACGCGGCGCGGCUCGAGUGUCGCGCCGUCGUCGGCUACCUCGGCACGAUCGAGACGCCGCAGGCCACCGCCGCCGCCGCGCCCGCCAACGUCCGCGCCGCCGUGCGCAAGCUGCGUCAGGAGCGCCGCCCCGCCGCCCCCGUGCUGCUCACCGUCCUGCCCCACGCGCUGCUGCUGCGCCGCGCCGCCGGCCAGCUUCUCGCGCAGUACCACCGCGACCGGAUCGUUUUCGCCGGCUGCGGCUCUGAGGCCGACCGGAGAUUCUUCGGGCUCGUGACGUCCGCCGAGGUGGCGGGCAGCGCGUCGCAUGGCUGCCACGUGUUCGCCGUGGACGGACGCGCCGCCGACCACGAGGCGCACGCCGCCCGCGCGCGCGAGUUCCGCGUCACGUGCACCCGCGACCCCGUCGCCGAGCGCUGCCUCGAGUUCCCGCCCGCCGCCGACGACGUGGUCGCCGUCAUUCGCGGCAUGUACUCGCUGCCCGCCGACGCCGGCGCCCCGCUGCGGCCCAUAUCCAGCCUGGUGCAGCCCGCGAGCCCCCCGCUCCCCCACCUCGCCCGCCGCCCCGGCCCGCGCCGCCGGCAGGACGCGGCCAACUCGCCGCAGCCGAGCAACCACAGCGAGCUUACGACGAGCAGCACCAGCGACUCCGGCAUCGGCUUCCACAACGACUGCCGGAGCGUCGCCGACCGCAUCUUGGUGGUGGAGUUCGGGCGACCGCCGGCGCCGGGGCGGGACCGGCGGUGUCCCCGUCGGCCGGUCCCCCUCGUCGGCCGCCCGCUCGACGACGGCUUCCUGUCGAACACCACUCCCGUCGUCGACGGAUUCGGCGGGCGGGGGCGGCCGCUGGACCCGGACGACGCGCUGCCGGGCGCCGACCUGCGGCCCGGCCCGGCGGACCACUACAACUACAACCUGGCCUACGAGCGCGUGUACGCGGAGCACGCGGGCCACUACGAGUUCGUGCCGGCGCAGCUCGACGUCGACGACGCGGACCGCGUGGCGGAGGCGUUCGGCUCGGUGGAGAUAUACGAGGAGAGGCGGCGAAGGCCUGACUACCGGUCCAACGAGUCGGUGGAGAACGUGACGGUCGUGUCGGCGCUGAGCAAGGCCAGCGUGGACACCGUGUCAGCCGCCAGCAAGGCCAGCGCCGACACCCUGUCGGUGUACUCCACCAGGAGCCACGAGGAGGCCCGGCCGGCGCUGAGGAAGCAUCUCCGAGCGUCCUUGGACGAUAUGCUGGUGUUGGGUCUCCGGGACCCCCCGCCCGAGGACAAGGACGAGGGCAAGUUCGUGCAUCCGGCUAAUGUGAAGUUAAAGGUCCGCAAGCCCAAGCCCCUCAACAUAAUCAGCAAGACCAGGCACAUGCUGUCCAGCAAGCGGGACCACUCGCUCAGCGCGAGCGCCGGCGACGUGUCCGCAGCGCCGGGGGACUCGCAGGAGCUGCAGGCCGCAGCUAGCGAGCCCGACCUGAGGAAUCAGAGCGACCAGGGCUCGCCGUUCCGGCGCUGGACGACGAGCGGCGGCGCCGGCAGCAGCUACCGCCACCACGACCACCGGCAGCUCUUCGCCAAGCAAAUGAGCGAAGGUGCCCAGGGGUUGUCCAGUAACGGUGGUGUGGCGCGCUGGUCGCUCGGCCUGGAACAGCUGCUGGCCGACCCCGCCGGAGACGCCGCCUUCACACACUUCCUGGACAAGGAGUUUGCCGCUGAGAAUAUACGGUUCUGGCGGUCGUGCGAGCAGUACCGGCAGGCGGACGGCGCGGCACGGCGCGAGCUGGCGGCGAAGAUCUGGGAACGCCACCUCGCGGACCGCGCGCCCGAGCCCGUCAACGUGGACGCGGCCGCGCGACGAGCCGCCGAGCCCGCGGACCACGUGGAGCCGCCAGCUGACCUGUUCAUCCAGGCCCAGAAGCAGAUCUUCAACGUGAUGAAGUUCGACAGCUACCCGCGCUUCCUGCGGUCGGGCGUGCACGCGGAGUGCGCGCGCGCCGACCUGCGCGGACAGCCGCCGCCGUACGCGCCGCAGGACUCGGACGCCAGCAAGCUAAAGAAGUCAGCGUCGAAUGUGUCUGAGCGUCGUCGCAGCGGCGGCGCGUCGUUGCUGCCAUGGCGGAGUCGCGCCGCGUCGCGCGAUCGCGCUGCAAACCCCGCCCCCGGCACCGCCCCAGCGCCCGCGCCGCCCGCGCCCGCGCAGCCGGAACCGCAAGUCACUGAUGUGGUGAUGUCGGGCGCGUUGUGUCGCGUGGUGCUGCCGGACGGCGCGACGUCUGUAGUGGGCGUCUCGGCGGCGCUGCCGGUCGGCCGGCUCGUGGAGCGGCUGCUGGCGCGGCGGCGGCUGGCGGCGCGCGCGUACGACGUGCUGCUGGCGGACGCGGCGCCGGGCGAGCCGCGCGCGGUCCCGCCCACCGCCCCCUCGUCCGCGCUAGGGGGGAGGACCGCUGCGGUCGAGCGGAGAGCGGUGCUGCGGCUACAGCUCGGCGGGCGAGCGCUGCUCGUGCGCUGCCGGCCGGCGCGCCGCCUGCGCCACGUGCUGCGGCCCGUGCUGGCGCGCUACUGCCCCGGCGCCGCCGCCCGCGUCACGCUCGACGCCCGCCCCGUGCACCCCGACACCACCGCCGCAGAGUUAGACGGUGCUCGGCUCGUGUUGACGUUGGAGACGGACGCCGCGAUCCCCGCGCCCGCCGACACCGACGACGACCUGUCAGACCUCGCGCUCCGCCUGCAGGACGACGAUGAUGAUGUGAGCACGCACAGCAGCAUGUCGGGUAUAUCGGGCGCGUCGUCGUCGUGGCCCCCCGCGCCCCUCGCCGCCCCCGCGCCCGCCCCCGACCGCGUGCGCGCCGCCCUGAAGCCUGGCCCCGCGCUGCACAAUCAUCCCCCAGACUUCCUAGAGAAUCUACGCGAGACGCAGCGACAGCGGCUAUCGGCGCGCACGCCGCCGCCCCUCCCACCCAAACCGCCCCGCACAGCCCCCACGCUCGUGUGACUUCGCCCACCGCCCACCGCGCAACGCGGGCCGGAGAGACAGAAAGAGAGAGAGACAAACUCUCGCCAGGGAUACAAAAAAUGUCAUCAAGAAAGCGAGAGACUGUGAAAAAUCUCUCAAGGACUUAUGGUAGUUAUAAUGGAAUUGAAGGGAUGGGAAACCUGCUAGGAAAGGUUUUGUGACCGAAAACAUAACACGCUACCU